AUGCGUAACUGUAAGCUCUGACAGGAAAGCACAGUUAAAAGAGUUGAGCCUGCUUUAGGGAAAACAGCUCUGUGAAUUAUAUACAACUGAAGGAUUUUAACUCUAUCUGUACUGGAGCCUGGUGAAAAAGACAAAGAGCUGGAAAUAAUGCAACUAUGAACAAAGGAAUAAGAUACAAGCACUGCAUUCAACUUCACUGGAAAACAGAAAACAGGUGAAAUUGCAUGUUAAACCAACACGUUUGAGGAAUGGGCCAUGGCCACGUCAAUUGACAAGCUGCUUGAGAAAGAAAGACCAGUCUCCCCUACACCCAGCAAUGUUUCCCUAAAAAGUGACUGGUCGAAGGACGACCCUCUCAACUUCAGUAAAGGAGAACUGGGACCAUUUGAAAGAGAAAUACCAGUUUCCCUUACACCCAGCAAUGUUUCCACAAAAAGUGACGGGUCCAAGGACGACCCUUUUGACUUCAGUAAAGGAGAACUGGGCCCACUCCAGCAACAGGGACCAGUGCCCAGGUGUCCAACCAUGAGCUGCGUCCAGUCUAUGGAUGGUCCUGCACCCAGCAAUGUUUCCCUAAAAAGUGACUGGUCGAAGGACGACCCUCUCAACUUCAGUAAAGGAGAACUGGGGCUGCUUGAGAAAGAAAGACCAGUCUCUCCUGCACCCAGCAAUGUUUCCCUAAAAAGUGACUGGUCGAAGGACGACCCUCUCAACUUCAGUAAAGGAGAACUGGGGCUGCUUGAGAAAGAAAGACCAGUCUCCCCUACACCCAGCAAUGUUUCCCUAAAAAGUGACUGGUCGAAGGACGACCCUCUCAACUUCAGUAAAGGAGAACUGGGACCAUUUGAAAGAGAAAUACCAGUUUCCCUUACACCCAGCAAUGUUUCCACAAAAAGUGACGGGUCCAAGGACGACCCUUUUGACUUCAGUAAAGGAGAACUGGGCCCACUCCAGCAACAGGGACCAGUGCCCAGGUGUCCAACCAUGAGCUGCGUCCAGUCUAUGGAUGGUCCUGCACCCAGCAAUGUUUCCCUAAAAAGUGACUGGUCGAAGGACGACCCUCUCAACUUCAGUAAAGGAGAACUGGGGCUGCUUGAGAAAGAAAGACCAGUCUCUCCUGCACCCAGCAAUGUUUCCCUAAAAAGUGACUGGUCGAAGGACGACCCUCUCAACUUCAGUAAAGGAGAACUGGGGCUGCUUGAGAAAGAAAGACCAGUCUCCCCUACACCCAACAAUGUUUCCCUAAAAAGUGACUGGUCGAAGGACGACCCUCUCAACUUCAGUAAAGGAGAACUGGGACCAUUUGAAAGAGAAAUACCAGUUUCCCUUACACCCAGCAAUGUUUCCACAAAAAGUGACGGGUCCAAGGACGACCCUUUUGACUUCAGUAAAGGAGAACUGGGCCCACUCCAGCAACAGGGACCAGUGCCCAGGUGUCCAACCAUGAGCUGCGUCCAGUCUAUGGAUGAGAAAGAUGCCAAACACAAACUCAAAGAAAACCUGAAGGAGAGAAUCCUCAAAGACAAUAUAAACAAAGAGACUGACACAGAACUCUACGAGAUAAAAGAUGUGAAAAACAAGGAAGAUGCAGAAAAACCUGUUCAAAGCUACAAUGAAAUAUUCAAAACUUCAAUAAAAAAUGUGCGAACAGUGCUGAUGAAGGGAGUGGCUGGUAUUGGUAAAACAUUUCAAACAAAGAGGUUCAUGGUUGACUGGGCAAACGGAAACUCCAAUAAAGACAUAGACUUGAUAGUGUCAUUUGAUUUCAGUGAGCUGAAUUCAAGAAGAGGUCAAGAUCAAAGCAUGGAAGAUCUGCUUAAUGAUUUCUUCAAACAAAGAGUUCCCACCUAUGAUGACUAUAGAGUAGCUUUUGUCCUUGAUGGCCUGGAAAAAUGUAAACUUGAUCUUGACUUGAAAAACAAGGACCUGACUGAUAUAAAAGAGAAAGCCUCUGUGGAUGUGCUGCUAACAAACCUCAUCAAAGGGAAGUUGCUUCCCUCUGCUCAUCUCUGGAUCAUCUCUCAACCUUCAGGAGUUGACAAGAUUCCCUCUCAGUAUAUUCAGAAAGUGACAGAAUGUCGAGAGACCUUGAAGCGCCGGCAGCAUCUGGUAUCAAACCUGAGGACAAGAUUUCUUAAAUACACUCAAGUUGAAGACAUCAAUCAUCCUAACCAGAAGAACACAGAACACAUAAUUAGACGAAACAGCACUGGUGAGGUCAAUGAUGAAGAGAAAAAUGGGCAGCCUGUGCCAAAAUCAGUGACAAAAGUGAAUGCAAUUUCUGAAAUCUUCAAGGAUGAAAAAGACCAAACAAUCAGAACUGUGCUGACUAUUGGAGAAGCUGAUAUUGGAAAAUCCUUCCAUGUGCAGAAAUUUACAAGACAGUGGGCUGAAAAAAAGGAUAAAUGUUUUGUUUUCACUUGGCUGAAAGAUUCUUUGUGGGGCAAAGCCAAAGAUGCUGAAGAACUUCUAUUUCCACUUAGCUUCUCUGAACUUAAAUUGAUAAAAGAGGAAAAAGUCAGCUUGGUGGGACUUCUUAAUCAUUUCUUCGAAGAAACCAAGGAAUCAGUAAUAUCUGACUAUGCACGUUUCAAAGUUUUAUUUAUCUUGGAUGGACUGGACGCUUCUGAACUUCCUCUUGUCAAGGAUGACAUCUUGACAGAUGUCAGAGAGACAGCCUCAGUGGAUGUGCUACUGAUAAACCUCAUCAAAGGAAACCUGCUUCCCACUGCCAAGCUCUGGAUAACCACCCAACCUUCAUCUCUUAAACUGCUGCCUGUUGACUCAUUUGACAGGAUGACAGAAAUACGAGAGAGCAAAGAAAAACUCACAGCAGACCUGAAGAAGAGAAUCCUCAGUCAGCCUGAAGUCGAACAGAGUCAACAUGAGACUGAACUCUACGAAAUAAAAGCUGUGAAAAAUAAGGAAGAUGAACAAAAACUUGUACAAAGCUACAAUGAAAUAUUCAAAACUUCAACAAAAAAUGAAGUGCGAACAGUGCUGAUGAAGGGAGUGGCUGGUGUUGGUAAAACAUUUCAAACAAAGAUGUUCAUGGUUGACUGGGCAAACGGAAACUCCAAUAAAGACAUAGACUUGAUAGUGUCAUUUGAUUUCAGUGAGCUGAAUUCAAGAAGAGGCCAAGAUCAAAGCAUGGAAGAUCUGCUUAAUGAUUUCUUCAAACAAAGAGUUCCCACCUAUGAUGACUAUAGAGUAGCUUUUGUCCUUGAUGGCCUGGAAAAAUGUAAGCUUGAUCUUGACGUUGAAAAAUACGAGGACCUGACUGAUAUAAAAGAGAAAGCCUCCAUGGACGUGCUGCUAACAAACCUCAUCAAAGGGAAUUUACUUCCUUCUGCUCAUCUCUGGAUCAUCUCUCAACCUUCAGGAGUUGACAAGAUUCCCUCUCAGUAUAUUCAGAAAGUGACAAAGUGCCGAGAGAAAAAAUGCAAACUCACAGAAAACCUAAAGAAGAGAAUCCUCAGUCAGCCUGAAGUGGAACAGAGUCAACGUGACACAGAACUCUAUGAAAUAAAAGCUGUCAAAAACAAGGAAGAUGAACAAAAACUUGUACAAAGCUACAGUAAAAUAUUCAAAACUUCAACAAAAAAUGAAGUGCGAGCAGUGCUGAUGAAGGGAGUGGCUGGUGUUGGUAAAACAUUUCAAACAAAGAUGUUCAUGGUUGACUGGGCAAACGGAAACUCCAAUAAAGACAUAGACUUGAUAGUGUCAUUUGAUUUCAGUGAGCUGAAUUCAAGAAGAGGCCAAGAUCAAAGCAUGGAAGAUCUGCUUAAUGAUUUCUUCAAUGAUAUCAAACAUCUAAGAGUUCCCACCUAUGAUGACUAUAGAGUAGGUUUUGUCCUUGAUGGCCUGGAAAAAUGUAAACUUGAUCUUGACUUUGAAAAAAACAAGGACCUGACUGAUAUAAAUGAGAAAGCAUCCAUGGACGUGCUGCUAACAAACCUCAUCAAGGGGAAUUUACUUCCCUCUGCUCAUCUCUGGAUCAUCUCUCAACCUUCAGGAGUUGACAAGAUUCCCUCUCAGUAUAUUCAGAAAGUGACAGAAUGUCGAGAGACCUUGAAGCGCCGACAGCAGCUGGCAGCAAAACUGAGGACAAGAUUUCGUGGAGAAUACACACAAGUUGAAGACAUCAAGCAUCCUAACCAGAAGAACACAGAACACAUAAUUACACGAAACAGCACUGGUGAGGUCAAUGAUGAAGAGAAAAAUGGGCAGCCUGUGCUAAAAUCAGUGACAAAAGUGAAUGCAAUUUCUGAAAUCUUCAAGGAUGAAAAAGACCAAACAAUCAGAACUGUGCUGACUAUCGGAGAAGCUGAUAUUGGAAAAUCCUUCCAUGUGCAGAAAUUUACAAGACAGUGGGCUGAAAAAAAGGAUAAAUGUUCUGUUUUCACUUGGCUGAAAGAUUCUUUGUGGGGCGAAGCCAAAGAUGCUGAAGAACUUCUAUUUCCACUUAGCUUCUCUAAACUUAAAUUGAUAAAAGAGGAAAAAGUCAGCUUGGUGGGACUUCUUAAUCAUUUCUUCAAAGAAACCAAGGAAUCAGUAAUAUCUGACUAUGCACGUUUCAAAGUUUUAUUUAUCUUGGAUGGACUGGACGCUUCUGAGCUUUCUCUUGACAAGGGUGACAUCUUGACAGAUGUCAGAGAGCCAGCCUCAGUGGAUGUGCUACUGACAAACCUCAUCAAAGGAAACCUGCUUCCCACUGCCAAGCUCUGGAUAACCACCCGACGUUCAUCUCUUAAGCUGCUGUCUGUUGACUCAAUUGACAGGAUGACAGAAAUACGAGAGAAACCUGAUGUUGCAAGUCAGCAGAAACUCAAAUCUCAGCUAAAGGAGCAAUUUACGCUGGUGUCUGAGGGCAUUGAUAGGCAGAAAACCUCUGCUCUUCUGAAUGAGAUCUACACAGAUCUCUACAUCGUAGAGGGGGAGAGAGGAGAGGUUAAUGUUCAACAUGAAUUCAGACAGGUUCAAGAGGCAAAAUUCAAGCCAGUGAGAGAAGAAACACCCAUUAAGUAUCAUGACAUCUUCAAACCGGCAUCUGGUGAAAAUAAAUCCAUUAGAACUGUGCUAACGAUUGGGGUGGCAGGCAUUGGAAAAACAUUUGCAUCAAUGAAGUACAUGCUGGACUGGGCUGAGGGUACAGCCAAUAAAAACAUAUAUUAUACAUUUUCACUUCCUUUCCGGGAGCUGAAUUUGAGAAAAGACAGAGAACACAGUUUCGAGGAGCUUAUUCAUCAGUUCUUCCCUGUUAUGAAGACAUCAGAAAUAAACAACUAUGACAAGUAUGAAAUUCUGAUUGUCCUGGAUGGCCUCGAUGAAUGUCGCCUUGAUCUAAACUUCAGUGAAAGUAUGGAUUGGAUAGAUGUGAGAAAGGCAACCUCAGUGAAUGUUCUGCUGACAAACCUUAUCAAAGGAAACUUGCUUCCUAAAGCUCAAAUCUGGAUAACCUCCCGACCUGCAGCAUCCAAUAUUAUCCCUGCUGGUAAAGUUGACCGGGUUACAGAGGUGCGAGGAUUCAAUGAUGAACAGAAGGAGGAGUACUUCAGGAAGAGAUUCAGUGAGAAAGAUCUGGCUGAGAAAAUCUUGUCACAUGUAAAGAAAUCGAGGAGCCUUUAUAUCAUGUGUCACAUCCCAGUCUUCUGCUGGAUCACUUCAAAAGUUCUAGAGGACUUUGUAAAUCGAAACCAAGAAGAAGGGAUGCCCAAGACUCUGACUGACAUGUACAUUCACUUUCUUUUGCUGCAAUGCAGACAAGCUAAUGUGAAGUAUGGUGGAGAGGAGACAAGUGAGAGUUCUGAGACAUAUUCAUGCUGGAAUACAAGGAACAAAGACACUGUCCUAUCUUUGGGAAAACUGGCUUUUGAGGAGUUAGAGAAAGGAAAUCUUCUCUUCACUGAAGAAAACCUGAUAGAGUGUGGCAUUGACAUCAAAAAAACUGCAGUCUUCUCAGGGUUAUUCACUCAGGUCAUACAAGAGGGUUGUCGGUUGUACCAGAAGAGUUUUUUCUGCUUUGUCCAUCUGAGCAUUCAAGAGUUUCUAGCAGCUUUUUAUGUCUCCCAUAGAUUCAAUAAUGAAGGUGAAAAUCUGCUGACCAAACCAGCUUCAGUGGUUGCAGACUUGCCUGCAGCAUCCUUCUACAAGACAGCAGUGGACAAGGCUUUAGAUAGUGAAAAUGGAGACUGGGAUCUUUUUCUCCGCUUCCUGCUUGGUCUCUCCCUGGAGACUAAUCAAAAACUACUGCAAGAGCUGCUGAAAAAGGCAGAAAAUAACAGGGAGACAAACGAAGAAACAAUUAAGUACAUCAAAGGGAAGAUCAGUAAUGAGAUCAUUGAUGCCGAUAAAAAGCUCAGUCUUUUCCACUGUUUGAAUGAGCUCAAUGACCACUCUCUUGUGAAAGAAGUCAAAAAGUGCCUGCAGUCAGAAACACUGGCAUUUGAAAAUUUCACUGCCUCUCAGUGGUCAGCUCUGAUCUUUGUGCUGCUGAUGUCAGACGAGAAUCUUGAUGUGUUUGACCUGAAAAAGUACCUGAAAUCAGAGAAAGUUCUUCUGGGAAUGUUGCCGGUGGUCAAAGUCUCCAAAACCACUUUGCUGAGUUGGUGUGAGCUCUCAGAGGAGUCCUGCAAAGGUUUAACAUCCUUAGUCCUCACCUCUGCAUCCUCUAAUCUCACAAAGCUGGACCUUAGUCAUAAUGACCUACUAGAUUCAGGUGUGGAGGUGCUUGCAAAUGGCCUAAAGGAUCUUCACUGUAAACUGGAGACUCUCAAGUUGUCAGGCUGUCAGGUGACAGAGAAAGGCUGCUCUGACCUGGCCUCAGCUCUCACAUCCAACACAGCAUCCCACCUGAAACAGCUGGAUCUGAGUUACAAUCAUCCAGGAGAAAAGGGGAGGGAGAUGCUCCAAGCUAUAAAAGACAAUCCAACUAUGAAGCUGAAGACACUGUGUUUGGACCAUGAUGGAGAGCAUCGGUUAAAGCCAGGACUGAAGAAAUAUGGUACAGAUCUGAAGUUUGAUGAAAACACAAUAAGCAAGAGGCUUGUUCUUUCUGAAGGGAACAGAAAAGUAAAAACUGUACAGAAGGUGGAGGAAAAGGUUGCACGAACUGUAAAUGAUGACAGGUUUAAUAGGAGUCAGGUGUUUUGUGAAGAGGGCCUGAAAGGUCUCUGCUAUUGGGAGGUGGAGUGGAGAGGGACUGUUGGCAUUGCAGUGUCAUAUAGAGAUGUGAGUAGAAAAUGGGACAGUAGUGGUGGCCUAGGAUGCAAUGAGAUGUCCUGGAGUCUGCUCUGCUCGAGGACUGGAUACACUGCCAUGCAUGGAAAAACAUCCAAACUUAUUCAACUGCCCCCUAGCCAAAAAAUUGCUGUGCUUCUGGAUUGGGAAGGUGGUACGCUGAGAUAUUACAGUGUCACAUCAGGAAAGCUAAGCCUCAUAUACACCUUCCAUGCCAAAUUCACAAAGCCACUCUUCCCAGGCUUCUGGUUUAAGAGGGGCUCUGUGACUUUGUGUGAGAUAGACUGAACGUUUCUGUGGUGGGAAAACAUGAUGACUUAAUGCUUGACAUUUUGAUAGAUUAGCAAAACUGGAUCAUUUCAAUAUCUGCAAACACUAUAUUGUGCUGUUUUCCAGAGUUCAUAUUAUAUAUCAAUGUUAGAAUUAGAAAGGAAGAGAUAAAAACAUGUCAUGUUGAUAAUGUUAUAGAUGAAGAAAACAAAUACAGACUGUUGUAGAAAUGUAAAAUAUCAAACUGUUCAUUAUAUUCACAGAAUUAAAGAUUUCUGUUAUUUCAGAGGGCCACUAUUUAAACAGACUCCUCUGUGAUUAGUUAUUUUUGUGAGCUAAUAAAAAUUGUGUGAAUAAAAAAACAAACAAAAAAAAACAUACUUAAUGUUUAUUACUUUAUUUGCCUAAAUUGUUGAAAACAUUCAGGACUUCUUUUGUAAGAGUUUUUUCUAUUAAAGGUUCAAGGUAGUUUGUUUCUUCCACAAGUCAAUGUGUUUCAUGUUUGAAUGUGUAAGCCUGGGUUGGACUGUAAUAAAAAUGAAAAGUGUCAUAGAGGAACUGCCUCUGUGAUAACCCACAGUGUGUUGGUAGAGAACUACUCUACUAUAGCAAUAAUAUGAUGUCAGUUUGUUUUUUUUUUAAUGAAGGACAUGGAUGCCAUAGAGAUUUAAUUUUGGAAUAUUUACAAUACGUGCACUCACUGGUAUACCUGAAAGUACUAUGUAAAAAAAAUAUAUAUAUGAAAGGAUGAAAUAUGCUGACUAAUGGGAUUCUGCUUUAUACAGAAAAGUUAUUUUCUCCAGUUUCUGUUGUUAUGCUUGUAAAAUGUCCUGAUUGAAUAAAUAAUGCUUCUUUUUUGAACCGA